CCUCUCUACUUUUUCACAAGCACACUCAGGAUCCUUUCUCUCUGAAAAAAGCCAAGCAAGAUGGCUUCGUACAGAUCACCUUCAACCAUGGCGAUCUUCCUGUUCAUGAUCUUCACGUUCUCGUCGGCCUUGGAUAUGUCGAUCAUUACGUACGACGAGAGCCACGGCGAAAAAUCGGGCUGGAGGACCGACGACGACGUGAUGGCGAUAUACGAGGCGUGGCUCACGAAGCACAGCAAGGCCUACAACGCCAUCGGGGAGAAGGAGAAGAGAUUCGAGAUUUUCAAGGACAAUCUCCGGUUCAUCGACGAGCACAACAGCGCCGAGAGCCGGACGUACAAGGUUGGGCUGAACCGGUUCGCCGAUCUGACCAACGAGGAGUACCGGGCCACGUACCUGGGUGCCAAGCCCAGUACCAGGAAGAGGCUUUCGAAGCAGAGGAGCGACCGUUAUGCGCCACGUGUCGGAGAGAAGUUGCCCGAGUCCGUUGAUUGGAGGAAGGAAGGUGCGGUCGUUGACGUCAAAGACCAAGGAAGUUGUGGGAGUUGCUGGGCAUUCUCGACAAUUGCUGCUGUGGAAGGGAUAAACAAGAUAGUGACAGGCGAUUUGAUCUCACUAUCAGAGCAAGAGCUGGUGGACUGUGAUACAUCAUAUAAUGAAGGAUGCAAUGGGGGUCUAAUGGACAAUGCCUUUGAUUUCAUCAUCAACAAUGGUGGCAUCGACAGUGAAGAAGAUUAUCCUUAUAAAGCUUCUGAUGGCAGAUGUGAUACAUUCCGGAAAAAUGCCAGGGUUGUUACAAUUGAUGACUAUGAAGAUGUUCCUGUAAACAACGAGAAAGCAUUGCAAAAGGCAGUUGCUAACCAGCCAGUGAGCGUUGCCAUUGAAGGAGGUGGCAGGGAAUUCCAGCUUUACGUAUCGGGUAUAUUCACGGGAAAAUGCGGGACAGCACUGGACCAUGGAGUUGCUGCUGUUGGAUAUGGCACAGAAAAUGGUGUUGGUUACUGGAUUGUGAGGAACUCAUGGGGUGCAAGCUGGGGAGAGGCAGGGUAUAUCAGGAUGGAGCGCAAUCUGAAUGGCACUGCCACAGGCAAAUGUGGUAUAGCAAUGGAGGCUUCUUACCCUAUCAAGAAAGGCCAGAACCCGCCCAACCCGGGCCCCUCUCCGCCAUCUCCGAUAAAGCCCCCAACUGUCUGUGAUAACUCUUACUCCUGUGCUGAGAGCAACACUUGCUGCUGUAUCUAUGAGUAUGCAAACUAUUGCUUUGCAUGGGGAUGCUGCCCUCUCGAGGGUGCCACCUGCUGUGAUGACCAUUACAGUUGCUGCCCGCAUGACUAUCCCGUCUGUAACGUUAAUGCAGGGACCUGCUUGACGAGCAAGAACAACCCAUUGGGAGUGAAGGCACUGAGGCGCAUUCCUGCUAAACCUCACUGGACCUUUGGAAGUGCUUAAGCAAAUGUUAAAGCUGGAACUUUGAAAAGUUGGAGGAGGAUAUGAAAGUAUCAUCCGAGUGCAUGUCCAUCAUUAAGAUACCAGUGGAUAGACGGUACUAUUUAAAAGAUUAUUUAGAUACUAAUUAUGUAUAUACUGCUCUAUUUAUUCCUGCUUCAUUUGAACAACCAACAGACAGAAUGUUAUCAGUUUCCAUUGCCCUCUGUAAAUUCAGUCAUCAUUCAGCCGUGGCUUUAAUGAAUUGGCGCAUGAUUCCCCAA